AUGUCGAACUUCAGGUUAGACAUUUUUUUUUUUUUAUCAUUGUUUGCACAUGUAUUGUUAACGGGUGACUGAGCUGUGACUUUUUAAACUCCCAAACCCAGAUGGGCAAGUGCUGCUUGAAGAUCAAAGUCUAGAUCUGGCCGACUGCAAGAAAAAAACCUGUGAAAUGAAGUAUAAUUUACUUUACUUAGUAACAGACGGAGGAUGUGCCACAAACCAGGUCUGCGAUGCAGCAACUAAGUAAGUCAGAGUCCUCGGCAUUUCAAUUACAGCGCUGUGAUUGCAAACAGACAGCAAUGAUCCUCUUGCUAUUGAAAAGGUUUGAACUGAAAAAGCAGUGUAUUGGCGUCAGAUCCUCGUUCUGCUAGCAGUCAGAACGAGGAUGUAACAGUUAAACUUAACACCAGACCACAAGAGCCUGGCCCUCGGCAGCUGUCCUGCACGCUCAAGGCUCAAACAUCACAGCGAGUGUAGGUGAAUAGCUGAAUUCAUAAAGCACAUCUAAAAACAGAAACAAGAGCUUUGCCAGCUAAAGUAUACCUAAGAGCCUCGACUCAAACAAACUCAGAAUAAUACAGAAAAAUAAAAACUUCAAGGUGCCCUCAGCCUGAUUCUGGCUGUUCUUUCAGAACCAACCUCAACAUCUUAAGAUGGAUCAGUGAUUGACAGUUUCAGCCCUUACCCUAAAUAUGGCGUGUGUGGAAGGACCAGACCCAAAAUGCAACCAAACCAGGGAUAACAGGUUUAACAGGUUUAUUGUUCUGUGAAAAGGCGAGAGCAAACAGAAAACCAGGGGAUAGUGCUGGGUGGUGGGCUGCUGAGAGGCUCGGAGGGAGGUACUGGCAAAAAGGAAAAGACACGAGGGUUACAAAAAAUAGCAGAAACACUAAAAAUGCUAGAAGGAAAUAUACUUAGUCUAGCAAGCUCUGAGGGGCCGUUGUAGCACUGCGUGUAGGCAGCAAUACUAAGGCUUCUGUCGGCAGCAGUCUUAAAGGCCAGCUGGUUGCUGAGGAGCAGCAGGUGUGCGCAAUCAGUCUCAGCGCCACAGGGGGAAAGGGAGCAGCCUCUGAAACAGGUGACAAGCAGCAGCCCACGCAGCAAAACAGAGUCCAAAAAAACCCCCAAAAAAGUCGAGAACCAGUCCAUGCUCACCACACCUAACCCUCAAAUCGAUUCCUCAUUCACCACUGAGCAGAGUCUACGACAGGAUGUGCACGCCCAAGUUAAAGGAACGAUUGAGGUCCCUCUAAGUAUAUUUACUAGAUUAGAAAGUAAUCCGCGAGACAUCAGUGUGCGCUACAGCCACUACUGAAACAAUCCCAUGAGCACACAUCUGCACAGUCAGUGAGAUCACAACGACAACAGCUGUUUCUCUGCUGUGGCCGACAGUCGCUCUCCGUGGAUAUUCCUCUUUUACGAUGUCGUUCAUCAGACGUACACUCAAGAGCAAGAACAACCCAAACAAAGAUCUAGACGAGAGGAACCAAGAUCAGUUAGAGCCACAGAGAACUCCGAGUCCAUCUGGACACCAGUACUGCCGAGCAGUGUGAAAGCAAAAAAAGGUUGUUUUUGUUUAGACAGACAUCAACAAUGAAGCAUCUAACACCUCUCCUCAUCAUUACCAUCAAUUAAACUGUCUUCACCACAAUAAUGAGCAAAGUCCCGAGCAAAAACCUGAAGGUCAGUCUGCUUCAUUUGCAAUCCUGAGUCUACAGGCUGCUGCAGCAAAGAAACAAAGUCUGGCUUUCAGUGUCCUGGGGGAGGUCAGAACGAUAACAGAGAGCGUGGUUGAGUUCCUCAUGUAGGACCAGCAGCCCAGGGUCAGUUCAUUCCGUGACCUGGUCCGGGAACACAACUUUUCAUAUCACUGAUUACUUUUGCAAACAAGCAGAGAAAAAACAAACAGUUUUUAUCAGAGCACAGAUGAAAUCAGAUCAGGACUUGGCUUUGACUGGACGAGCCCAAGACCAACGAGUGACUACGAGAGCAUUAGUUUGAUUUUUGAGACAGAGCAUAGUGAAAGGAAUCAUGAGAGACUACUUAGCUAAAUGUGGUUGAAACCCAUGGUUGAAUUCAAACACUUGUCCUACAUUUCUGGCUGUAGUUUGCCCUUGGUGAACAGGGCUUCAAGGUCACUGUCUGUUGGCUCAUGUUUUUGUUUCUUGUUUCUCUCCAUCUUUCCCUCCAUCAGAGCCUGCAAGGAUCACUCUGUCUGCACCUUCACCGGACCCUCCGUUGUUGACACCAGCGGAAAAGUCGGCACUAUCAUGGAUCUGUGUGAUUACCAUCUGCUGUCGUCAACUUUACUGGCCGAUUUUUCGGUGGAGGCAGAGUACAAGGAUCGGCGUCGCAAAGAUGUGAGCUUUGUGAACACAGUGAGGAUAAAAAAAGGAUCUGCAACAUACAGGAUGGAGCAAGGUGGGGUCUUCAAGGUGAGCGUCCUCCAGCUGAGUGACUUCUUUUCUGCUGGUUUCACCGACUCAGAUAACUGUUCUUUCACUGCCGCUGCUUUUGAAACUCCCUGCAUCUCUGAAUAACUCCUCCCCUUCAUGACAAGAGAACUCCAACUCAGUGAGAACCGCUUUCAGCUCAUGUGUGCGACUUAUUUGUUGUCUGUGUAGGUAGGGCCUUUGUGUGCAGGUGAGUCCAAACCAAUCAGCCCUGGUGGGGUGAAUGAAGUUGCAUCCAUCUCUUUCAGUUUCUAUGAACUCUGUGGAAAACAGCCCUUGUUAGUGUGUGAGGUUUGAUGGAGAGUUUUCUCAAAUUUUCCUGCAGGAUAAAGACGGGGAGGUCACUCUGACGUCUACAAGUAAGACGGUUGGAGACUUGAGUGUCAGUAAGGAUGACAAAGGACUUACAGCCAGCUACACCUCAAAGGGUGUCAUUAUCAUCAUCAUCUUUGAUGGCUACACUGUCCUGAUCAUUAUCACAGGUACAGGCAGAAUUAUGGGACUAAGGAGGUGGAGUGUUUAUUUGGCAGAGAAAAGGAGACCUCAAACAUCAUAAAUACAGUAUUUUACUGAUCUGAUUUACAUUCUGUCUCAACCUGUCCAGCAACCGCUAAAACGGACGUAGGGUUGAAGGGUUUAUGUGCCAAAGCAGAUUCAGCUACCUCCAAGCUUGUCAAAGGCAGGUGAGAGUCCAACCAUGAGCCCCAUGCUCCUCUGAACCGUCCUCCUGAUUAGUCUAAGAGUUGAUAUGCAAAUAAAGGAUCCACAGAACAGUCCUAAACUCAUGUUAUUUGUCGCCCCCUAGCUGUGCAACCCCACACAUAGACACCUCUACGGUUCCUCCGAUUGACUGCAAAGCGGCAAAGCUGAGGUGAGAUCUCAGAUUGUCUUCCUGUUCUGGUCCAGGUUUGCUCCCAGUUUUGUAGCUUUAACCCAUUCCUGUGUCUGUCUCCUCUUUCGAACAGCUGUGGUGUCCUGACCAAAGCGCCCUUCGAUAGUUGUCACUCACACAUCGCGGCGGCGGGCUACGUAAAAGCCUGCGAGAACACUCUGUGUGUAUACCCUGCAGUCGACAACCUGCUCUGUCAUUUCCUGGAGGCCUACGCCAGUGCCUGCAGCUCGUUCACCUCCAAGAGCGUGGACGGCUGGCGUUCCAGCUCCAGUUGCCGUAAGACCAAACUAAUCAGUGUUUAGACCUGAGUUCACCAACAGAAGUGCGGUCGCACAUCUUGUCCUUCUUUUUCCUGGACAGAGACACUCGGCGUUAGUGUGACCAUUUCCAAGUUUUGCCUUGAAAACUUGGUUCUUCCUUUUCUGUGCACAGCAGUGUGGUUUGGCUCUAACAUGUCUUUUGUUCUGCCUCUCUCAGCUGCCACCCCGAAGGCUCUCUGUCACGGUAUAUCCUGUGCUUCUGAGGAGUUUUGUGGUGAGAAGGAGCAUACAGGAGGCUGGGACUGCUUCUGUCGGCCCGUUUACACAGCAGAGUACAGGAAGUCCAAAACUUUGGGUAAGACGGCAGUUUCUCAACAAAGUUGGACUUGUUCAGUCAGAAUGUUUCUAUCCUUGUGUUUCUUUCUAUGAUGUUCUCUGAUGUUUAGUCCCAUUCAGCCUCUGAAACUCUGUAACUAGUGUUACAUCUAUUAACUGUAUUCAUAUCCGUUAUUCAGGGAACGCCACUCAGUGCAAAGACAACGUCGCUUCAGCCAGUUUGAUCAACUGUCUCCUGAGAGAAAAAGGCAUCGACUACUCCACCUUACACCUCAAAGAUGCCACGUGCAAGGGUACACUGGUUGACGGCUUGUUGAACUUUGAGUUCAGCAGCGCUAAGAUGUGUGGGGCUGAAGUCACGGUGAGUUCUGCCCUCAACCUCUUCACUCUUUUCCCUCCGAGUAUACUGAGGACCUAAAACUUUCCUCCAGCAUGCCAAUGCCUGAUAAAUCUCUCAUUCUGAUGGGUAAAACUCAUGAUGAGCUUGUUGGAAACUUUUGUAAGCUCUAUCUGAUUCUUGGUGAUCCUGCAGAAUGGAGCAGAUGAAGUGGUCUACAAGAACUCCAUCAAAUCGACUGACACCUCCGGAGAUAUCAUCCGUCAAGAUGAAGUAAACAUCGAUUUUUCCUGCAACCACCAGCAACCGGCAAUCAAGACCGUGUCCUUCAAAAUCAAGAGCAGGUGA